AUGUCGCAAAUGGAGGAGGCGAAAGCGGAAGUAGAGAAGAAGGUUACAAAGAAGGAGCUUGUUGGUAUUGUUAACGAUCUUCACGAGCAGUGUCAGUUGCUUUGCUCUGUGUUUCAUGAUUUGGAGAUUAGUGGAAGGAAAGGAAAAUCGGGUUCUUCAUCGAGAUCUAGUUCGGAUUUGGAUUACUACUCUUCGGAGGAGAUAGAGGUCAAUGCGGAUCAUGUUAGUGAAAGAUUGAGCUCGGAUUACGCGGUGAUGCUUAGAAAGAUACAAGAGACAGAGUUAACAAAUGAAGAUUUGAAGAGAAAAGUGAGCAAUUUGAGACAAGAAACGGAUUAUCUGCGCGAUCAAAACAUGGAGCGUACGGGAGAUAUUGAAGGUAAGAGAAACGAGGACAAAGAACCUUUCAAGGAAUUGACGAUGACGAAAGAUGAAGUUGCAUUGUUGCGUAACCAGAAAAAGGAGUUAGAAUUGAAGCUGGAGAAGAAAACCAAUGAAGUUUUAGAGACAGUGAUGCGGUUGAAACGUCUAGAGAAAGAAACAGAGGAACGAGCUAAGGCCGAGCUGAAGAUUGUUAAAGAAAAGGAAGAUUUGAGGGAUAAAGUACAGAGACUUCAACUAGAUAUGAGCGAGGCGAUGAAGAGUAAGAUUACCGAGAUUGACCUUCUUAAGGAAGAGAACCAGAAGCUGCAUAAGAAAUUUGCGAAGAGAGAGAUGAAAAACAUCGAUGAAACUGAAGAUAGGAGUAAGAAACAAGAAGAUAUCAUUGACCGGCUAUCAAUGGAGAUAAAGGAUCAGAAGAAACUUCUUAAAGAACAGAAAGACCUAUCGAUAAGUCUACCGAGGAUCAGAAAGUAA